AGUAACGGGUCAGUACUCGGUUGAUCUCCGCUUCAAGCGGACAUUCUUUAUUUUAUAAAGCAAUUAUUUAGGAAAUUCUCGGAAAAUGCGAUAAGGAUAAAAAAGACCCACAAUCAAAGUGCAGAAAGUAAAUUAGGCAAGAAAAAGACUUUUCUUGGAUCUUUUACAACUUAACAAAAGCAAACAGUAGUUAUUCCCUACAAUGGACACUUUAACAUGUUGCGCGCUGUUAGGUUACUCUUUGUCGGAGGAAGAGAGAGAGCAAAUAAGCGUUAAUAGAUUAAUCGAGAAGGAAUUGCGAAUGGAGAAGAAGAAGGCCAAAUGGGAGAGGAAAAUAUUAUUGUUGGGGGCUAGCGACUCCGGAAAAUCAACAUUUAUCAAACAGAUGCGCUUUAUCCAUGGUAAUGGAUACAAGCCCGAAGAAAGGCGUAUGUAUGUCAAAUUGGUUUUCCAGAACAUAUUCAUGGCCAUGCAGUCAAUGAUCAAGGCAAUGGACGAUCUGAACAUUUCCUAUGGUCAGGAGCAGCAUCGGCAACUAGCCAACCUGGUAAGCAGCAUUGAUUACGAAGACGUCACCGAUUUAAAGGAUCCGUACUUGAGUGCCAUCAAAACGCUUUGGCAGGAUACUGGAAUCCAGGAGUGCUUCAGACGUAGUAAUGAAUAUCAGUUGACCGAUUCAACAAGCUACUUCAUGAGCGACUUGGCUAGAUUUGAACAGGCUGAUUACGUGGCUUCCGAUCAGGAUAUUCUUCGUGUUCGAGUGCCAACAACCGGCAUUAUAGAGUAUCCAUUCGAAUUGAAUGGUAUUAAGAUAAGCAUGGUGGAUGUCGCAGGUCAGCGCUGCGAAAGAAGAAAAUGGAUCCAUUGCUUUUCGAAUGUGACUUCCAUUAUAUUUUUGGCCGCUCUUUCGGAGUUCGAUCAAGUCCUGUUUGAGUCUCAAACUGAAAAUCGGAUGGAGGAAUCUAUAGCUUUAUUCGGUGCUUUAAUUAGAAACCAAUUCUUCCAAAAUUCGUCAAUUAUUCUCUUCCUGAAUAAGAAGGACUUGUUGAAAAAGAAAAUUAUGAAUUCACAUUUGGUAGACUAUUUUCCUGAAUACGAUGGUCCAAAAAAAGAUGACAAAGCAGCCAGAAAUUUUAUACUUAAGAAGUAUGCACAAUUUUCUUUAGAAGCUAACACCAUAAUUUAUCCUCAUUUUACUAAUGCUACAGACACGGACAACAUUAAGUUUGCGUUUGCAGCUGUUCGGGACACAAUUAUGGAUUCGAACCUUAAAAUAUUUAAUAUGGACUAAAUGGGAUCAGAUUUUCUGAUUGUCUAUUUACACCCAAAUUUAAUAUAACUAUCGGCAUUUUACUUAAAAAAAUGUUUAUACUGUUUUUAGUGCUUAAUUUUGUAUAAUAUAUAUUAUCCAAGUACAAAUCAUAGUUUAUGAUUUACCAAGUAUAAAAAUAAGUUUUGUCGCCUUUUCAAUAUCAUGAUUUUUGAGUGAAAUACUGUCAUGAUUCUUAAUAAACUUUCCAAUUUUACACAUUUUUUAAGA